GAUCAGCGCCCAACCCAACCAACCAAAUCCAACCGCGCUACAGUCCCGCAUUGGGGACUCGUUCACUGACCAUCAUAAAGAAACCACAAGCAGAGGGAAUACAGCAAGAUCUCAGCAGCCGUUGUGAUGUCUCUCAGCUGGGGUUGCCGGUUUGGAGAAGUGAUGCGAUUGCUGCAUGAGGCUGCGGACGAUGUAUCUUAUUCCCCAGGACCAUUCCAAACACCCGGGUCAUCCUGUCACUCAGAUCUGACGCGUAGAUCUCUUUGUCGCGUGCCGUAAUAACGUAGGAAAAAGAUAAAAGGAGGGGCUAGCACCUAGUUCUUUCCUUGCACAACACUUUUGCACCGUCUUCCCCGAGAUCCUCUUCGUAACAAUGCUCUGCUCUACGAUCCUCGUUCUCGCUGUAUCCGCCUCCUCCGCCUACUCGCUCGUCCACGGUGUAGACAACUCAGCCCCAGUCGACAAUCGAACUUACUCAAAAGCUAUCGGCGACGGGUUUACACACCUCGUCAUCCGUGGAUACGAGCAGGCAUGCAGCUCCGGUGGACAAGUGGACCCCAACUUUCCUUCGUCAUACCACAAUGCCAGGGCGGCGGGGUAUAAUAGUACGGAGAUUGAUGUGUAUUGGUUCCCUUGCACGGGGACCAACAACCCUUGCAAGUUUUAUUCUGAACAGCUCGCUGAGCUCGGCGCGAUGUUGCAUGCGAACCAGACGGAGAUAGGUAGGAUCUGGCUUUACAUUGAGAACGACCCAUCCUGCGGCACUUGGGACUACGGUGCCGAUGGUAACGUUCACGAAGCGAUGGCGAUAAUUGCAGCUCUCAGGAAUGAAACCUACAACUUUGGGAUCUACAGUUCUCCGGGUGAAUGGGAGACCAUCUUCGGAUCUCAGCACGUCGUCUUGGAUUCCUCCAUUCCCCUUUGGUUCGCUACGUAUGAUGGUGACGACUCAUCCUUGACUCUCAGUUCACCGUUCGGAGGGUGGAGGACUGGAAAAGGUAAACAGUACAGGGGUCGGUCUGCCUCGGGGGUGUUCAAUCUUGACAUCUUUGCGAGCUGAGGGGGAAAAUGGGAUAAUUAGAGGAAGCUCGUACUUUCAAUUCACAAUUGCCCACUUUUGGAAAGAUUCUCUAUCCUCCUGCAUCAGUCAUUAUUUGUACCGUAGUGUAUGGAAACAGAGGUAGCAUAAGCAAUGAGGAGCCUUUAAAGGAA